AUGGAUGCAUCCCCUUGGCAUCCGGUGGCCUGGGGGCCCCAGGGGCCGUCGUUGGGGCCGUCGUUUGGGCUGCGGUGUGGGACCCAAACGACAGCCCCGUGCUGCGCUGUCCGGUCCGGUUUUCGGACGCGGAGGGCGAGGACUGACGGAUGGCAGGUCGCGGCCCUCAUCACAGCGGCAUUCUCCACCAAGGGGAGGACGUACCAGCGAUGUGUUCGGCGCAGCACCGAGCUGGAUUUGUUGGAUCAACAGGACCCCGGGCGUUCCGCCCUUCGUGGAGAAUGGGCCGUGCCCGGCACCGUGAUCUUCGCCGCGGACACCGCGGAGAGCGGCGCGGUGCGCGUCACAGGCAGCGGCGCCAGCAGCGGCGGCCACUGGCGGCGCUUGCGCUUCAACGAGAGCACGGAGCAAAGUGUUUUGUUGUUGGACGCGAACUUGCAUCCGAGACAUGAAGCACUUGCCUUCGGAUAUUUGAAAUCACUGGCUGCUGUGGGCUCUGCCACCUUGCGAUGCCUGGGCACUGCCACGCCCUGGCGUGUACUGGUGCUUGGCGUGGGUCUGGGUGCGUUGCCCGGGUGGUUCGCGAGCAAAGCCAAGGCCUUGGUGCAUGCCAUCGACCUGGAUCCACUGGUGCUGAAAGCUGCCGAGACGGUGGGUUUGAUGCCACCCGCCCUGCAUGGCACUGAGAGGUGCCUAGAGGACGGCGCCCAAGAUGGGCCUGCGCUGCGCACCUACUGCUGUGAUGGUGUGGAGUAUGUGGCCGCCUGUGCCAAGUCCACCAGCGGCUUGCCGCUCUACGAUCUGAUCGUCAUGGACGUCUUUGAUGGCGAAGGUGAAACACCGGAAGCCUUUCUGACGGAAGACUUUGGUCGUUCCUGCGCUGCCAUUGCCAGCAGUUGUGUGGUCAACUUGACAUGCCCCGUGCCAAUGUGGGAAGAUGCUCACGCCUUCAACGCGCCCAGCGCCGGGCGCUUGGCGGAGGCCUUUCGCAGCGGCUUCCAGUCCCAGGCGUGGAGCGUUCGUGUGGCGGAAGGUCAGAAUUUGAUCAUGGCCGCCACACGCAUGGGUGCUCCCCCAGAAAAGUACCUCAAAGAGGCAUCUCUGGAGUUGGCCAAGGAAGAGAUCUUUGCUUUCGAUCCCGUACGGCGUGUGAGCUUCCGACGACAAGACUGGUGCCUCCAGACCUCAAUCCUGAUGGACGCUCCUGUCUUGGAUCUGGUGGAAGAAGCUGAUCGCAGCACCCUACAGGCUCGCAAAGUACGGCGACGUGAAGGCAUCAGCGUGACCAGCAAACUGGACGAAUUGGAAGGCGAGCCCGCGGCCUUUCGCUCGUCACGGUCCUUUGCCAUGAUGCUGCCCAACUGCGUCCAGGUGAUUCGAUUGAACUUUAAGUCCGUUGCGACCCAGCGCGCACCGCUGUCGGCCACGGAGUGCUGCACGCAGCUAGCGCAGCUGUCGCAGGUGAAUGGCUCCACACCUGUGCAGGCCCGUUGGAGUUUCGAUGACGUUGGCGUGCCGAGCUUUGAGGAGCAACGAAGACAUUUGGCAACGGCUUCGUCGCCCCCACCAGUCCGCUUGGGGCGUUGGCUGCAGGGCCUGCUACGCUUCCUGGCUGUUGCCUUGCGACCUGUUUGGGACCUCCCUUUGGUGGUCACCGUGUCGCACCGCGAAACGCUCGGACUCGUCCAGCAGAGUUUAGGUCUGGGCAUUGCAGAGGAUGCCGUCCGACGUUUGAUUGGCCGGCUGCGUCCAGCUGUGCGUUUCGCCCACGGCGCUGAAAGUGGGCAGAAGUCCAAGGCCGUUGAUCCUGCUUCCAGCAGCGCAGCCAGGUUCAAACUCUACACCAGCGAGCGCUCCGUUCAGAGCGAAGCCGUUGCACAGGCGCGACAGACUUUGCACGGAGUGCUUGAGGUGGCAGAUCGCGCAUUGGAAGUGCUGUCCCUGCUUUCCCUACUGCAAGAGCAGAAGAGCGCCUAUCGGGUGCUUCGCAGCAACUUGUUGAGCAGCGACUUGCUACAGCGACUUCAGUGCACCAGCUUUGGGCAGUUGGUCGAGAGUGAUGAUGCCUUGGACCCAGCUGUGCAGCUCUGUAGCGCUUUCUUGGUGGAAAGCCGCUGGGAAUCCGAUGAAUCGCAUGAAAUUGGGCUGAUUUUUUCAAGCAUUAAAGGUGGACUCACAACUCCCAUGGCGGACGCGCAGGCGACUCCAGGAGCCAAGUUCCAGCGUUUCGGAAGCGCUGGAGGUCUUUGUCGGGACUUGGAGGAACAGUGUCCACAAAUCUUCAAAAAGCUGGACCUGUCCUUUGUCAACUCGCGUUUCGGUGACAUGGCUCCUGCACGACCUUUGACUGCAGCCGCCUUCGGCAAGGCGGCAGUGGAGAACCAGGAGAGUUGCCUGGAACUACUUCAUCGCUACGCACAAUGUGUCUCCGUCAAUUCGCCGGAAGACCACUGGGUGUCUUUAUCUCAGACCUUGCGUGCAGCGGUCAGCGAAGAUCCAAAGCGAGCGGCUGAGGCGUGGCGAUGGAAGUCACCAUGCUUCGCGCACAACCAGACUGGCAUCUGGAACAGUACAGGAGCGCAGUGGCUUGAAGGACCAGACUGGCCUCCGCUGGAGGAUCGGUCCCCCAUUUUGCCGGACUAUGUUCGACGACCGGCGCAAUCAGACCCUGCAUGA